UCCUUGGAGACUGAUCAUGGCUGAGGUCCUCCGCCUCCUCUCCAUCCUCUUCUUGGAGCUGCAGCUGGCCUCGGGAGCCAUGGAUUCCUGCUACAACCCUCAGGGGCUUGCUCACCGCUGCAUGCCCAUCUUUGAGAAUGCAGCGUUUGGGAAGCCAGUAGAGGUGUCGAACACAUGCGGCACCCCGCUGGAGGAUUAUUGUCUCCAGAUGGGCACCCGGGACUCCAGCAAGUUGUGCCACCGCUGCGAUGCUGGCGACCCUUCGCUCCACCACAAUGCCACACACCUGACAGACUUCCACAGCCAGGAGGAGCCCACCUGGUGGCAGAGUCAGUCGAUGGCCUUUGGAGUCCAGCACCCCAGCUCCGUCAACAUCACCCUCCAUCUGGGAAAGUCCUAUGAAAUCACCUAUGUGAGGCUGAAGUUCCACACCAGCCGCCCAGAAAGCUUUGCCAUCUACAAGCGGAGUCGGCCUGAGGGACCCUGGAUCCCAUAUCAGUAUUACAGUGCCUCUUGUGAAAAGACGUAUGGGAAACCAGAACGCCACUUUUUGCGGCCCGGAGAAGACGAGCAAGUGGCCUUCUGCACAGCAGAAUUCAGUGACAUCUCCCCACUGAACGGGGGCAAUGUGGCCUUCUCCACCUUGGAAGGACGCCCAAGUGCCUACAGUUUUGACCAGAGCCCCAUUCUCCAGGAAUGGGUGACCGCCACAGACCUGCUAAUCUCUUUGGACCGGCUCAAUACCUUUGGGGAUGACAUCUUCAAGGACCCCAGAGUGCUGCAGUCCUACUAUUAUGCCAUUUCAGAUUUUUCUGUAGGGGGCAGGUGCAAGUGUAACGGUCAUGCUAACAAAUGUAUCCCAAAUGAAGAAGAUGAGCUGGUUUGUCUCUGUGAACACAACACUACUGGGGUGGACUGUGACUCCUGCCAGCCCUUCUACCAGGACCGCCUGUGGGCACGGGCCACAGCUGACUCCGCCAAUGAAUGUCUCCCAUGCAACUGCAGUGGCAGGUCAGAAGAGUGCUUCUAUGACUGGGAGCUUUACCGGCGCACCGGGCAUGGCGGCCAUUGCCAGAAUUGCCAGGACCACACGGACGGGCCACACUGUGAACGCUGCCGCCAGAAUUUCUACCGCUGGAACACCCGGAUGGCAUGUCAGCCCUGUAACUGCAACCCAGCAGGCUCCUUAAGUCUCCAGUGUGACAGUUCAGGGGCAUGCCAGUGCAAAGCAACCGUGACUGGCUGGAAAUGUGAGCGUUGCCGAGAAGGGUUUCAUUCCCUCAGUGAAGGUGGCUGCAGACCUUGUGCCUGUGAUGCUGCCGGCAGCAUAGGGACGUGUGACCCAAACACAGGGCACUGCACCUGUAAAGAGAAAGUAGAAGGGUACUUGUGCAACAGGUGCCAGCCUGGGUACUUCAACCUUCAGCCCCACAACCCCGCUGGCUGCACCAGCUGCUUCUGUUUUGGGCACUCAAGGGCAUGCACAGUAGCUCCUGGGUAUGAAGUUCACCAUGUCAUCUCAGACUUUAGCCAAGAGCUGGAGGGCUGGAGAGCAGAAACUCUGGGGGGCCAGGAGGUUCCCUUGAACUGGGCAGAAGGAGAAGUCUUCCUAGAGCAAGGCAAACAGGAAGCAGCUGAUUUCUUGGCACCAGAAAAGUUCCUGCGUGACCAGCGUCUCAGCUACGGCCAGCAGGUCUCAGUGCUGUUUUGCACCCCGGACAACACCUCCAGUGCUUCUCCUUUUCCCCUCUGGCUGGUUUUAGAGAGCGAUGGCAUUGUGGUGUCAGCAAGGCACUCCAGUGUGGAAAAGCACAUGAGCAGCCCACUCCACGAAGAAUAUACAGUGACAUUCAGGCUUCAUGAGACUGAGGGAAAGAUGCAACCUGAGAUGUCGUCUUUCCAGUUCCAGCGCCUCCUUUCCAACCUGACAAAGCUUCGCAUCCAUGUUGAAAGCAGCAACAGGCCAGGUAGAUUUUCCUUGAAGGAGGUCCGGCUAACCUCUGCUCACCCAGGUCUCUCCCAGCCGGCUUCGUGGGUGGAAGAAUGUACCUGCCCUCCAGGGUAUGUGGGUCGGUUCUGUGAAUCCUGCGCUCCAGACUUCAAGCGGGAGGUGCCCUUUGCCGGCCCAUUGACCAGCUGCAUCCCUUGUUCAUGUAACCAGCAUGGCAGCUGCGAUCCUAACACAGGACUGUGCCGAUGCCUGCACCACACGGAGGGGCCUUCCUGUGAGCGCUGCAGUCCUGGUUUCCAUGGCAACCCCUUCCUAGGCCAUCCUGAGGACUGCAAGCCUUGCCCUUGCCCAGCCCAGACUCCCUGCACUGCCCUUCCAGUCAGCGGAGAGCUGGUCUGUACCCAUUGCCCGCCAGGACAGAGAGGGAGGCUCUGUGAGCUGUGUGAUGACGGCUUUUUUGGAGACCCCCUAGGAAGGAACGGCCUACUCCACCCUUGCAGUCCCUGCGCUUGCAAUGACAACGUGGACCCCAAUGCUGUCGGCAAUUGCAACCCCAUCUCAGGCCGCUGUCUGCGCUGCCUGUACAACACGGCAGGGGAGCACUGUGAGAGGUGCCAAGAGGGCUUCUAUGGGGAUCCACUAGCAGCCAGCCCUGCCCGGAAGUGUGCUGCCUGCGCCUGUAACCCCGGAGGCUCCACUGGUGGACCGGAGGCUUGCCACAACAUCACAGGCCAGUGCCCCUGCCUCCCCCACGUGACGGGGAGGAGCUGCAGCCAGUGCCAAGAGGGCUAUUAUGCUCUGCAGACGGGGAUUGGCUGCAAGAGUUGCAAAUGCCACCCAGUGGGGUCCCAGCAUGGCCGCUGUCACCCACUCACGGGGCAAUGUGCCUGCCGACCAGGUGUGGAAGGGCUGUCAUGUGACCGCUGCCAGGCAGGAUUCUUUGGUUUCUCCUUCCAGGGCUGCCCAGCCUGCAACUGCUCCCGUGUAGGUUCUGUCUCCCUCCAGUGCCGUGAGAACAGCACGUGUGUGUGCAAGAGGGGCUUCGUGGGCUACAAGUGUGACCAGUGUGAAGAGAACUACUUCUUUGACCCUGAGAGCUCUCAAUGCAAAGAGUGCCCACUCUGCUACGGUCUUGUGAAGGAGGAGGCAGGCAAGCUGAAGGACCAGCUGACCACCAUGGAGUUGUGGCUGCAGAAACCAGACUGCAGCUGGCACAAGGCCCAUUACGGCAUGCUGGGAGAGGCACCGUGGGAAGGCAGCAUCCACAGCCGCUCCUUGAGGAAAGGUGCCAAGGCCACGUUCCUCGAGGAGGCUGCAGAGCUGGAGAGCUCCGUGUCUCGAGCGUGGAGCCACCUGAGGAAUGCCAGCAGCCUGAUGGGCUGCCCGGGCAGCAGGGGCACCAAGGCUUGCAUCCUCCUUUCUGACAGCCUCUCUGCCCUGCAGUCCACCCGGCAGGAGAUCCAGCUGGCUGCGCAAACGCUGGCUGCAAUGGAAUUUACUCCUGAGAUUUCACACCAGCCCACGAACUGGAGUCGCCAGGCCCUGGAGUCUAGAUUGCUGGCCAGAAGCCAUGAGGAGGCAGCUGCUUUGGUCGAGGAUGUUGCAAGGAGAGCCCUGGUUAUGUCCAAUGCCAGCUACAAUCUCCUGCAGAGCAUCUUGACGGACAACGCAACACUGGAAUUCAGGAGGCAGAUGGAAGAGAGGUAUCAGGAAAUCCAGAAGGCACAGCAGGAGCUCAGCUCUGAGAUGGAAAAGGCUACAUUCAAGAAGACCUCUGCUUCAGUCCAGCAAAUCAGCUUGGAAAUGUCAAAGAACCUGUCGCAGAUGACCACUUUAGAGCUGCGCCCCCUGCUGCAGCAAGUGGACAAUCUUACUCAAGAUGCAAAGGAACUGAAGCAGCUGGUGGAGUCAAAGGCAGAGCAGGUGGCAAAUGGGUCCCUGGCUGCGCAGGCUGGCCUGGAGGGAGAACAGAGGAGGAUGCAGCAGCUGGAACAGCUACGGCAAAGAGCAAACAGCGCUCACCUGCUGGCCGCCUCAUCGCUCUCCAACGGAGAGGCCGUCUUCUCGGAAGCCAAGACUUUGCUGUCCAGCCUGGAGGGUAACACUAGACAGCCUGGCAGCCCGUCCCUUGUGAAGAGGAGAAUGGCAGCCGUCCAGGAGAGGGGGAUCGCAGAUGCCCAGAAGAAGGCCAGGCAAGCUCAGAGGGUUCUGGGAGAUUCUGCCUCCGUCUCUGCUAAGGCUUGGGAAACUGCCGGAGAAGUGGAGUUGCUCACCAAGGAGAACACUCAGAAAGUCCAGGCCACAUUCAGAGAUGCCAAGGGAGAGACCAAGCGUGCCAGUAAACUUCAGACCCAAGUUGAUCUGACUGUGGCAGAAAUCUCGCGGCAAGAGCAAGAGACUGAAGCCCUGGGCAGCAAGCAAGAGGGAUCCAGCCAGGUUGGCCGGGAGGUGAAUGAUCUUGACCAGAGCCUCAGAGAAGCCCAGAGCUCCUUGGAGAGGGACAUUGCCACCCUGAACAGCCUGCUCCUCAGUCUCGGCAGCCUGGAUCCCACCUACCAGUCAGAAGCGGUACUGAACGCAAGCGAGCUCCAACUGGAGCGUUUGCGGCUGCACCUGGCUGAACCAGGAGCCCUGGGGCAGAAGCUGAGGGCCUUGCAGCAGGAGGCCGAGCAGCAGCAGCAGCGGAUCGAGGCCUUUGAGAAGGACCUGGAGGAGAUCCAAAGUGACCGAUACAACCUGGAGGCCAUUCUGCAAAGCUUGCCUGAGGAGGGAUGCUCGAGCUGGCAGUGA